UCUACGAAUUAACAUGACAAACAAUAUUGACAAUAGAUUUAGCAACAUAGAGAGGAACACCAUUACAAGAAAUGCAACGAUUUUAGAUCCUCGGUUUAAGACAGCGAUUUUCCAGAAUCAAGCAGAUAAAGAAAUAGCAGUCCAGAAUUUAAAAGAGGAAAUUCAAAGUAUAUUGGCUACACCUACACCAAAUACCAGGCAAGAAGUACAAGAACUGCAAGAAGCACAAAUAGAUGACCAACGAAUCAAUUUUUGGAAGCAUAUCCUGGACAAAGUAUCUCAUUUCACCAGAAGUUCUUCUGAGCCUGCAGAAAGUGCUUCCAGUCAAAUAGAAAAUUAUCUGAAACUGCCAUACGAAAAUAUCAACAGUGACCCAAUUACUUAA